AUGAUCAAGGUCAAGUGGGAAUCCACGUACCGUCCUGUUCAUGGGAAAUCCUCAUCGUCCGCGUCAUCUUCAUCCAUCUCGACGUCUACUUUAAUAAGUGCAAAACAUGCUGGUAUUACAAGCAAUGAACGACCUACAUUGACUGCUUUAAUGGACGGGAUUGUAAUUACUAGUACUACUAGUAGCAGUAAUACUACCAACACAUAUGGGACCAAUACAUCACGUCGUCCACCUUUACCAAAAUGGGACAUGGGUACAAUAUCAGAAGACACAAUGCCUGUAGCAUUUACUGCUGUAUCCACUCGUUGGUCGAACGAUCGUUUUGAAUUAAUGGAAAGUGGGGAAGUGCGAAAUAAAGCCACUAAACAACGUAUUUCAAAACAGGAGAUUCGAGAUCAUGGCGAAGAAAUACUACGUGGUCUUAUUGAUACUGUCCAUACUCGAAUGCUACAGGAAUUAUUAUUUCUAGAACAAGCAAUUCCUCCACUUGAGUUUGAACGCAGUUCAGUCGAGUCAGGCUUUGAUCCAGGAGCUAGCAAUACAGGCAGUAGUGCAAGCACCGGUAGCUCUGUGCGCUCUAGUUCGUCCAGCAUUUGUUCCACGAACGAUGGGUUUCGAAUGAUGAUUGAUACAGAUGAACCACGUUGUAUCUUUCAUACUAGUAAAAACUUUAGUGUUGCUGAGAAAUUAUUAGUCUAUGUGUGUUCUUUUCGAGGAUUAAGUUGCGGUAUCUGGAGUCGCAGCGUAUUGCUCAAGGAUGGAGUACAAGUGGGUUCGAUGCUACCAUAUUUUCAGAAAGCUAUUGCAGCUGGAUAUGGCAUUCUAGUGAUGAAUCCAAACAUGAAUACGCAAUUAAUGGUGACACCUGAUGGAACUGUUGAGAAAAUGCCGAUUCGAGGUUCUAGUAAUGCCGAGGAGCAUUGCGAUCACGUGUGGCGGAACUACAUUUUCCCGUCUGCAGCUCAUAAAGUGCACUUUAUUGCCUACGGAUAUGGUGGCGUGUUGGUGACGCAGUUGAUUGCAAAGUACCGCUAUGAACUUAAGAGUCGAUUGGGCAAUGUGGCGUUUAUUGAGAGCUCGCACAAGAUUGCACCGUUAUGGAAUUCGGGUUUUAAACGAUUUUUCUCGCAGCACAGUAUUUCGUGGUCGAGGUCAGACUUUCCACUUAACACCGAGCUUAGUCGUGAUGCCACAGCUUUUGCUACAACUGGAGGUCCCAGUGGCACUGGAACGACGACGAGCAGUGACGAUGUAUUUUCAUCGAAUGCGUCGUCGCCGCGGCUACGCUCUCCAAAGAGUCCAAGUGCUGCGCAGCUGACAGGCUUUGGCUGCAUUUGCUUGUCUGCAGGACCUUGUGAAGGUGCGAACGAAAGUCCAGCGUACACGACAAAAGCUGUGCUGGAUACUGUGUUUGCAUUUCUUGCAUCGCCUACACCCUACGAGUUCCAGCGUCGUGCAGCGCGCGAACUUCGUUUGAAUACAUUGUUGGAGGAGCAGCAGAACUCCAAAACUAAAGGACAAGGGGAAAAUGGUGAGCAUGGCAGGAACGGUGGACAAGAUGCAGACAGUAGGCAAACACCUCCUGAUCAAUCUUUAUGUCCGAAGAAACAGUCAGUGUAUGACACUGUACUUGGUGGCGCCGCUGGAGGUGGUUGCGAGCUAAAGCCGCGUGAGUACGAUUCCUUGACAAUUGAUGAUUUUGACUUGCUGCGCGUCGUUGGUCGCGGUGCCUUUGGUAAGGUAAUGUUGGUCCGACGUAAGGUUCCUCAGCAACAGAAGGGAGCGCGAUUGUUAAGUCCACGAACAAUGAUGGCGAUGGGUAUGACUCCGCAACAGAUUGCAGGUGCCACAGGUGGCGAAAGUGGCAAAAUGAAGAAGAAGGAGGAAGGAAGAGAGAUAGUGGAGUGA